UUUUAUGUUCCUUUUUGGUAAAGAAAACUAGCCACUGGUAUACAGUUCUGACAGUUUUCAAUUUAAUAACAUAGUAUGCCUAAAUAAUUAUAUGCCAAGUUUUUUUUUUCAAAAUACCGGUACUGAUUAUAAAGUUCAUAAAUUACAGAUUGAUUGGAAUUUCAUAAAUUUCAUGCUUCAUUUUUCAUUUCAUGUUUUGAUAAUUUUCUCUUUUUUUCCAUAGACAGGAUGUUGUUUGAAUUUGUUCUUGUAAUUCCCAGCCUGUUCCACUUGACUUCAGGUCAAAGUGUUACUCCUGAUCCACUGGAAGAGUUAUUCGGGAAUGGACUUGACAGAAAAGUGGAAUCUUGGUCCAGUAACUUACUGUUUGGAGACGCUAAUUUUAACGAGAUGUCCAACGCUCUCGACUCCGCUCCUCCCUCUCAGCGUAACAACAGGGGAGGAAAGUCUCGACGAGAUCCAUUACCAAUGGGCUUGUCGUUUCUGAAUGGAGGCGAAUCGCUGCAAGGAAUAAUGGCCCAGGAUAUGAAUCCUCCCUCAGUUGAUUCAAGUUCAACGGGUGAAAAUCCUCUGUUUAACAUACCACCCAUGCCUAAUUUUGACCAGUUGGGACUGGAAAACGUUUUGGACAAAUUCUUGCCAAUCGACGGAUCUGUUCGGCUGCCCCCACCUUCUAACGAUCCUAUUGUUCAUUCUCGUGAUAAUGUACCCAUUCCAUCUAUUGGACAGCUCGGGUUGGAUAGCUCCGGCUUAUUCGGCCAAAGUAUGUUUUCACCUAAUGCCGGAAGCUUAUCCGGCAGACCAACACAGCCAUCAAGGUUGGCGGACGCAUCAUUUAGAAAUGACAACAGCAAUAACAGGAACACAAACAACAAUCUGAAUAACUUUCAAACAAACAAUCAAAUGAACUCAGCAAUGUUUCCGACGGAAGCCAGCCCAACUAUUCCGACUAGUCCUGCACAGCCUCCGACAACAGCGCCUGGGAGAAGCGAACAGCAAAAACUUCUUGAUCAGCAAAUAUGGGAUAGCAUUAUUCCUCCACUACCAGAAAAUCGUAAUCCAGUAGAGGUUUUUCCUCAGAAUGAACCUACUCCAAAACCAAAGAAAAACAAAAAAAUAAAGGCAUUACUACCUUUACUUCCACCCUCGCCACCUCGAAAAACUUCAUCACAGUCGCAAAACACAAAAAAAAAAGAUGAACUAGAUCGAAUUACAAGUGACAAUAUAUUGAACAAUAUACCUAACAUUGACCAACUUACUUUCGGUUCGGAAAACAGACCACCAGCAACUACACCAAGUCCUUCAAAAAUAAAUAGUGAAAAUCUCAUAAAAAAUAUACCAUCAAUAGAUGAGCUUGGCAUGGACAUAUUUGGAAAUAAUCUACCAUUUCUCAACCAAGGAAAAGCACAACAAGACGUUAAACCAACACCGACUGCGGGAGACAUUUUUCAAUUUCCCGAUCAAUUUAGCGGUAGUAAUCGUCAAUUACCGUCUAAAAACGAAGAAGGGACUAAAAAAUCCGUUGAAUCUUCUACAAGUAAAAUGACCGAUUCGGAUAAUAAUACUUCUUCUUUAGAAAAUCUUUGGAACAUUUUGCUGGCUGAAGUUCCUGGUUUACCUGGUAUUAUAUCUGGGGAAGAUGCCACAACACCCAAACCACAAACGUUAGAUAUUGAAGCAAUAUUAGGAAUUUCUGCAUCGGACAUAGACGCGUUUAAUGCCAAUCAAGAAAAUACAUUUCCAUCACAGGAUUCUAAACCUCAAAUACCCGCACCCAAGGUGACAACUAGUUCUCCUCCCAAGUUCCGAUCUACUACACAAUCUCCAAAAAUCGUCAUACCCCAAACAACUCUCCCACCUGUGAUAUAUAUCCAAACAACUACUCCUACCCUACCACCACCAGUAACCGUAUAUAUACCACCUCCAACAACUAAACCACCAACAACCCCUAAACCAGCUGUGUAUAAUUUACCGGAUUUACCGACGCCUGAUAUAUUUUUACCAUCUUCUAAAUCACAAGAACAUUCGGAAUCAUCAAUACCUCCAUUUCCUACUUUGCCUUCCUUGGAAAAGACAACUUCACACCUCACAAUUGACUUCAGUAAAAACGAUCCAAAUACAAAGAAAACCUCCGAUUCCUCUAAAAACGAGGGAGGCGUAUUGCCUCCUCCGUUUGAAAAACUACUUCCUGAUUUCUCAUCGCUGGACAUCAAAUCCGAAAAUAUGCACAGUACAAAAACAGAGUCAAAAUCGAACAUUAAUUCUAUGUUACUGCCAUCUCAGCCAGAUAUACCAUUUACAACUCCCUUCCCUUUUCAUCUUGUGCCUACAAUUCCAGAAGAAGAAUUCAAAAAGCCUCAAUUUGAAGACUUGGGAAGUUUUAACACUAACAAUGAACCAGAUCCUUUCAUUAAUUUUCUACCGCAAGAACCCAAAUCGGAUCAUAUUUGGGGGGAAAGGCCUGGAGGAAAUGAACAGACACCAAAAAGACAAUCAGAAGUAUUUGAUCUUAAUUCGUUGAUGGGCGACAAACAAGCAACACUUUUUAACAAUUUUAACGAACCAAAACAUGAAAAUAACAUUGAUUUUAUGUCAAAUGGAUUUGAAAACUUAAACAGCAAUUCUGAUUUUGUAAAGAAUCCGGACGUAGAUUCAAAUUCACCAUAUAAACCACUUACAACAAUAGAACCAACAACAAAGGAAGAAUUAUUUUUACCGGGGUUGGAUAUGCUUCUGAAUACAAAAGAAGAAAACACGAUACAAACAACAACAACAACAACAACAAUGGAACCAUCAACAACAGUGCCAGAAAUACCUAUGUUAGAUCUUUCGCUUCUAGGUGGCUUCAAUACAGAUGUCACUAAUCAUGAACAAUCACUUCAUACUACAAAGGAAGAGCAGAUUAAAGUAACCAUAAAUAGAAAUGAUAUCAAAGAUGUACCACCACUAGAUUUUGACAUCUUCAAAAAUAUGAACGAAGACAUCAAGACAGAUUUUACUACACCUCUACCAAUUCCAACACUUCCAGCCCUUCCUUCCUUGGGUAAUAUAAACACUGUAAAUAACGAUGGUCAUGAAACGUCUGGAAGUAACACUUUCGAAAUGAAGAACAAUGUUGACCCUCUGAAACAGAUAAUUGACUCUGGUCCAUCACAUCCUCAUACUCCCGAAAAUUCUGUCCCAAUUUCAAAGUCUCUUAUUCAGAACAGCGAACUCUUUCCUUUUGUUUCGCCAACGUCAGAAGCUUCAAAGCAUUUCGUUUUUCAAGAUCAAAGUAAUGGCGGCAAUAUUAGAACACAUCCCCCACCCGGCAGUUUUACCACGACUCCCAAACCGGUUAACGAGAAUGACAAACCACGAAAACCAAAUAUCAUUGUAAUUGACAUUCAGAAAACGCUCCCUGAAAGAACAGUCACUCAAACAAAGCCAAACAGUCUUAAUGGGUUGCAGAACACAGAUAAUAUAGCAAGCAUUGAAUCAGUUUCGAAUUCGCAAAAUAUUGUAACGCUUCAUCAGGGACCAAGAAUACAACAAGUUACACAAACACCACCAAAAGUUACAACACCAGCUUGGUUAGCAUCAACAAUUUUGGCGAUAAGAGAUCGUUUAAAUCAAUUACGCGCAAUGAGAAACAACGCUCAAAACAAUGCAAACAAUAAUAUACAAAACCCUGGAUUACCUAAUGCUCAGAACAGCAACCAAAGACAAAAUUCGAAUGUGCCAUCUUUAUUACCUGCAAACAAUCAAAGACAUAAUCUCCAGCAACUUCAAAUUCUUCUUAGAAAUCGGAUGCUGCAAAAUAGCAAUGUUCAAAAUAGCAAUGUGCAAAAUAGCAAUUUGCAAAAUAGCAAUGUGCAAAACAGAAAUAGUCAGCCACCAAGGGGAACUGGAUUUACGUCACGCAUGAAUAUUAAUUUCAGAGGUUUCCCCACAAAUCGGGCUCCACAACAACAAGCUAAUUUCCAGCAAAAUGGCAGACCACAAUUUCAACUUCCAAAUGUUCCAAAUCAAUUAAACCAAGGAAAUUCGCAGCAAAUUCGCCAGCCUCCAAACUUUCCAAAUUUACUUCCGACGCAAUCUAAUAGAAGACAGGGCUCUCAGACCCAACAAACGGAGACAACACAGAAUGAUCUUGCUCUUGUGAGAGAAAGAAUCCGACAACGUAUUCAACAAGUUCUUCGUACACAGAUCCUUCGCCAUCUUUUAGCGCGACGUUUGCAAACACUUCGCAAUAAUCAGACACCCAAUAAUGCACAACCAACGCAGAACCAACCAAUUUGGCGAGCACCUUCAUCCACCAAUGGAAUGAAUGUGAUGAAUGCCAAUAAUGCGAUCAAUUUGAUACGUCAAGCUAGGCAACGUACAUUGACGGCAACUCAACAACAAAGACAACAGCAACCCCAACAAAAUCAACCUGUCGUUGACUUAUCUAGAAAUAUUUUCGAGAGAUUUCAAAACACAAACUUUCAAAACCCGGCAUUUGUCCCAGGACAGUUUAGACCACAGCAACCGGCACAACAAAUGGAUUUUUCAAGACUUUUUCAAAAUAAUAGAGGAGCCAAUUUCAAUAACCGUUUUGCUCAACCAUUUCAACAAAUAACGUCUAACAGAACAAAUGGAAAUAGAAUCAACACAGAUCAGGGAACGGAUUUAUCACUUCCACCAUCGGAAUUAGCACUCCGGAAUUUACGAAAUUUUAACCUUCAAAGAGCACAAAGGGUUCAACAAGGUACUGCUUCUACUUUUAGACCUAAUCAAAAUCUUGUUGUUCAGAGAACGGCCAUACCUGUUUCGGAGGCUUUUCAGCAAAUAGAACGUUUACGAGCACAAAACAGGGACAUUGCACCAUUUGGAAAUUUUAAUACAAAUAAUAUACCACAAUUUCUAAUGGAACGAUUCCGAAAUGGUUUGCCUAGAUUUCAACCAGUGCAAAAUGUUCCACACACAGUUUUUAAUAGACAAAGAAUACUAGUCCCAAUUAAUGGGCCGAUAGUGGGUCUCAGAAACAAUCAAAAUAUUACACGAAGACCAAAUGUGGGUCAAACCAGUGCCCCUCCAAGGUUUACUGGGCCCCCAGGCAGUUGGCCGUGGGUCGAGCAACAGAACAGCGAUAAGUGAUUAAGAUUUCCUGUGACAGAAUGAACAGCAGUUGUAAAUCUGAAGUUCUGAAGUAAUUGUAAGAAGAAAUCAGCUCCAAGUCGUUGAAACGUUUGGUUGAUGCCGUCCACAAAAUGUUUUACACACAUGGCCUCAGUUAUCGCUGCUAGAUGAAAUCCAUAUUUAUCGCAAUUCAGUUGAAGAAGCGUAAGAAUGAAGAUAAUGACGGUGAAUUAUUCUGGAUCUAUUUUCGAACCUCAUGUUUCUCUGAUUCAGAAAAGGCUUGCUUAGUCUUUACUAUAAUAGUUACUCGUCUUCGUUUUGGUGAAGCGAACGAUUAAUGGUUGUCGGAUGUCGCAAAAUAAUGGCGAGGGCUAGCUCUGUGUAUCUAGCCCCAUGAUCGGUAUUGACAUAUUAGCAAUGUAACGUAUGGUUCUGUGUAUUUCGUUACCUACAUUUAAGUGACUUCUGACAUUCGACGUUUUGGUCGUUUUGUGAUUCCCAAAAAUGAUUGGGUGAUUGAUUGAGACAAAGAGGAAGAUGAAUCGUUUGUACAUAUGAUGAUGCAUUAAUUUAUAUAUUUUUAUUCUUUGUUAUGUUCGAAAAUUCCGCAGGCGGUUGAUUUAAAUAAAAGCAAUGUGAUA